UGGCACAGUGGUUAAAGCGAUCGACAGCUAACCGAAAGGUUGGCAGUUCGAAACCAGCAGCAGCUCGGUGGGAGAAAGGCCUCCUCCAAGCUCGCCUUGCUGCUGCUGCUGGAGGGAGGAAUGUUCUUGUCCCCUGCAACGCCCUCCAGCCUGCUAGAGAAGGUCUUCCAGCACAUCGAUCUGCAUCAGGAUGAAUUUGUACAGAUGCUUAAGGAGUGGGUGGCUGUGGAGAGCGACUCUGUUCAACCCGUGCCUCGGCUCAGACAAGAACUCUUGAAAAUGAUGGACAUGGCGGCAGACAAGCUUCAGCGUCUGGGAGCCAGCGUGGACUUGGUGGACAUGGGCACUCAGCAGUUUCCUGAUGGUCAGAAUCUUCCAAUUCCUCCCACCAUCCUGGCCGAGCUGGGGAACGACCCCAAGAAGCCCACCGUGUGCUUUUAUGGCCAUCUGGAUGUGCAGCCAGCCAACAAGGAGGACGGGUGGCUGUCAGACCCAUACACACUGACAGAGGUGGACGGAAAACUUUAUGGACGAGGAGCAACAGACAACAAAGGCCCUGUUCUAGCUUGGAUCAAUGCUGUGAGUGCUUUUGGAGCCCUGGAUCAGGACCUCCCUGUGAAUGUUAAGUUCAUCAUCGAAGGGAUGGAAGAAGCUGGUUCUAUUGCACUGGAGGAAGUUGUCAGAAGAGAAAAGCAGCGUUUUUUCUCCAGUGUGGACUACAUUGUGAUUUCCGAUAACCUGUGGGUUAGCAGAAGGAAGCCAGCACUCACCUACGGAACCCGCGGAAACAGCUACUUUACGGUGGAGGUGAAAUGUAGAGACCAGGAUUUUCACUCGGGAACCUUUGGAGGCAUCCUUAACGAGCCGAUGGCGGAUUUGGUUGCUCUUCUUGGUAGCCUUGUCGAUUCGUCUGGUCAUAUUCUGAUCCCAGGAAUCUAUGACAGAGUGGCUCCACUCACAGAAGAGGAGAAACAAAUGUAUAAGAGCAUUGAUCUAGACCUCAGAGAGUACCGGAAUAGCACCCAGGUCGAGAAAUUUCUGUUCGACACCAAGGAGGAAAUUCUAAUGCACCUGUGGAGGUACCCAUCUCUUUCUAUUCAUGGGAUUGAGGGCGCAUUUGAUGAGCCUGGAGCCAAAACAGUCAUACCUGGCCGAGUCAUAGGAAAGUUUUCCAUCCGACUGGUCCCUCACAUGAAUGCGUCUGUGGUGGAGAAACAGGUGAAGUGGCAUCUUGAAGAUAUCUUCUCCAAAAGAAAUAGUUCCAACCAGAUGGCUGUUUCUAUGGUGCUAGGACUACAACCAUGGAUCGCAGAUAUUAAAGAUAAUCAGUAUCUGGCAGCAAAAAGAGCAAUCCGAACAGUGUUUGGAACGGAACCAGAUAUGAUCCGGGAUGGCUCAACCAUUCCCAUUGCAAAAAUAUUUCAGGAUAUCAUCCAGAAGAGUGUGAUGAUGCUUCCACUGGGAGCUGUUGAUGAUGGAGAACACUCUCAGAAUGAGAAAAUCAACAGGUGGAACUACAUAGAGGGAUCCAAAUUAUUCGCUGCCUUUUUCCUAGAGAUGGCUAAGCUGCAUUAA